AUGGCUGUACCUCGAGUUCUAGAUGAGCUAGAAAAGUGGUUUUCGGUGGGUUUCAGAGAAGAUUUUAUGGAUUUAGGGAUCCAGGGAUCCAGGGAUCCAGGGAUCCAGGGAUCAAAGGAUCCAGAGAUCAAAGGAUCCAGGGAUCCAGGAAACCAGGGAUCAAGGGAUUCAGGGAUUCAGGGAUCCAGGGAUCCAGGAAUCAAAAGAUCCAGAGAUCAAAGGAUAUUGUUCCCUUGUGGAACGAUUGUUCCCUUGUGGAACGCCAUCACUUCCCAAGUUACCCGAUUUCUCCUACCUUCCGAGAUCCAGGGACCCAGGGAUCCAGGGAUCCAGGGAUCCAGGGAUCCGGGGACCCGGGGAUCCAGGGAUCCAGGGAUCCAGAAAUCCAGGGAUUCAGAAAUCCAGGGAUCCAGGGAUCCAGGGACCCAGGGAUCCAGAAAUCCAGGGAUCCAGAAGGCCAGAGAUCCAGAAGGCCAGGGAUCCAGGGAUCCAGGGAUUCAGGGAUCAAAAGAUCCAGAGAUCAAAGGAUCCAGGGACCCAGGUAUCCAGGGACCCAGGGACCCAGGUAUCCAGGGACCCAGGGAUCCAGGGAUCCAGCGAUCCAGGGAUUCAGGGAUCCAGGGAUUCGGGAUC